CGCCGCGGAGAGGGAAGAGCUGGAAUGGUAAUUCGCCGUCCGUGGUGCAGCAACAUGAGCGUCUGCGGUACCGUUCGCUGAGAAUACGCGGCGACGUGACAAAAUUCCAUUGCCGCGAAGUCGCGCACGGGUCGUACGUGUCAGCGGGUCGCGGGCGGCGUUCGCGCGUCUCGCGGGUGUGUUAACAGUGUCGGUGUGCCUGAUUACGUCGCGCACACGUGGAUACGCGCAGGGUUACACCUCGUCGCCGCGGGGUUAGGCCUCUCUCGCCGGAUUCUACGGAAGGAUAACCGCCAGCGAGCCGUCGGACCUCCUACCCCUCUUCCUUCCCGUCCCGCGAUCGCUCGCGCCGUCUCGCGCCGAGGAAUUGCUUUCGUUCCCACGACGUGAAUUCGAGCGACUUCCCGUUACGGUGAGAGAGACGCUUGUGCCCUCCCUGAAGUCCUUCAUUGUGUCUUGACUGGCUGUCGUCGAUCGAACGGCCUCACUGCAAAUGCAUCCACAAUCUGGCAGCUUGUUGCACGACGAUAGUUAUCUUCAAGGCGAAAGGGAUUUCUCGACUUAGGCUAAGAUGUCACAUCACAGCGACGACAACAUGCUGAUAGCAACGUCGGACUCCUUCUGGGAGCCGGGAAACUACAAACGAACGACGAGGAGGAUCGAGGACGGUCAGAAGCUCUGUGACAGUCUAAUAGCUCUGGUCCAGGAAAGGGCGGAGAUCGAGAAGAACUAUGCCAAGGCGCUCAAAAGCUGGUCGAAGAAUUGGAACGACAAGAUCGAGAAGGGACCCGAGUACGGCACGACCGAGGCGGCGUGGAAGGGCGUUUUGGUGGAGUCCGACAGACUCUGCGACCUUCAUCUCAGGGUCAAAGAGAACCUCUGCAACGACAUCGUUCAGCAAGUCAAGACGUGGCAGAAGGAUACAUAUCACAAGUCGAUGAUGACCCUGAAGGAGCGCAAGGAGAUGGAAGACGCGUUCAAGAAGGCGCAGAAGCCAUGGGCGAAGCUUCUGCAGAAGGUCGAGAAGGCGAAGUCGGAGUACCACAACAGCUGUAAGACCGAGCGAACCGCGGCGAACAUGGAGAGGAACGCCUCGGCGGACAGUUCUCUCUCGCCGGAUCAGAUGGCCCGAGGCUCUGAAAACGUGAAGAAGAUGCAGGAUCGAGUGCAAAAAACGAAGGAGGAGGUGCAAAAGGCGAAGGAGAAGUACGAGGCGGCUCUUCAGGAAAUCAAUCAGUACAAUCCAAAGUACAUGGAGGACAUGACGCAAGUGUUCGAGAAGUGCCAGGAGAUGGAGGCGCAGCGAUUACAGUUCUUCAAAGACGUCCUCUUCGGCAUUCACAAGUGUCUCAACGUAUCGCAGGACCCAGUGCUUCCGCAGAUAUACGAGGAGUUCUAUCACACGAUAAACAAUGCCGAUCACGAGAAGGACCUGAAAUGGUGGUCCAAUAACCACGGCGUCAAUAUGGCUAUGAAUUGGCCGCAGUUCGAAGACUACACAGAGGAGUUCCGCGAGAUCACGAAGGGCUCGAAGUCGAAGGAGGCGCUCCCGGCAGGCUCCAUCACUCUCAUCAAUCAACGCCCGGUCGGCGAGGAUCUGCAUGAAUUCCCGACGGUUAAUAACAAAUCAAAAUCAAAGUCCGCCGGCCGAGUGAUAUCAGCGGACAGCAAUCACGGGGACAGUAAAACGGACACCAUAAGCUCCAGCAAGCAGUCGUCGGAGAAGAACGAUACAGACAGUGUCAACAGGACCUCGACUAUCACUAAUGGCACCAACGCCAAGCAAGAGUCGAACCCGUUCGAAGAGGAGGAAUGGGACGAGGACGGUGGUGAACCACUGGUCGACAAUGGGGAACCAGGGGUCCCCGUGCGAGCCUUGUACGAUUACGAGGGAGCCGAAGCGGACGAGCUGAGUUUCAAGCAAGGUAGAACAGGAGAUGUAUUCGAAAAACUGGAAGACGAAGACGAGCAAGGGUGGUGUAAAGGAAGGAAGGACGGCAGAGUGGGCCUCUAUCCGGCGAAUUAUGUAGGCUUGGUGUCGCAAUAGAUUAACUAAUGCAAAGCCAAAUCCACAAGUUAGUUACUUAAAUAUGUAAUCUCCGCGAAGAACAAAAUUGUGUUUCGUUUUUCUUCGCUGUCAUUUGCGCGAGUUUGGAGAUUCGCGGCUCCCCGUAGGACAACGCGGCCCAUGAUGAAGAAACGAGUUACAGCGAGUCAUUAAAAUCAGGUACCUCUAGAUAAAUUGAUGGCCGUUUGCAUUUACGAACUGUAUAAAUGGCGGGUGGCGAUUCCAUUUCGAGAUCUUGCCUCCGUGACUAGCGGAGUUAAAAUGAACGGUUCCCCGCGCGAAGAUAUACCCCUCACUCAGAAUGAAAUUUGUUUUUAGAUAGCUAGGUUAGUUAAAGUCCUUCACUAGUUAGUCUCUAUGGAUAAAAACAUGGAUUACACGCGUGUGGCGCGCGUAUAGCGAGUUUAGAAUAUUGGAACACUGCGUUUUACGACUCAUUGUUGUAACGAAAAGAAUCUUUUGGUUGAGACAAGACGAGAGUUCUAUUUAAUUUAUUGUUAUUAAAAAGGUACUAUUAAAAACAAAUGUCUAUAUAAAUGGUGUCAUUGUAUAUAAUAGCUGUAAGAACCUAGCAAUAUGUGAAGCUAUUAAUUGUCGUUUAAUAAAUUUGAAGUGUUACAUUUGAAGUAUUUGAACAUAAGAUGCAGCACUUUGAAUGGGCAUCAAUUUAAUACACAAAAAAUUCGGGACCCAGAAAUCGAUAAUUUUUCCAUUUAAUUAAAUUUUAUAGUCAAUAUGAUAUUUUGAUGAAUUAAAUGUGAAUUAUCAAUAUGUUGUAAGAGAAUGUUUUCAUCUAAAGUGUACAUAUACAUAUAUGUAUGUGUGUAUGUAUACAUAACUUGUUUUUAUCAGUCCGAUAUGAGAAUCGCGUUUAAAAAAAUAAUUUUCAUUCAAUCGUUUAUUUACGUUUAAAAGUUAUAUAUCUCGGAAUUAUAAUACGUUGAAAAGAAUAAAGAGACGUCUCGUAUUAAACGUUACUUUAAUUAUAAUAUAGUAUAAUAAUAUCUACCAAAUACCACACACGUAUUGAAUGAAACAAGUUUUUCCGAAACUAAAUGUAUAAAGCCUAAUCUGCACAAUGUGCUGCGUUUAGAAACAUUAUAUUUCAUAGCGAAUAAAUAUAUUUAAAAACGCGUGCAAAAUGAAAUUGUACAUUAUACAUUGUACAAUCGUACGCUGCCGACGAAGUUUUUACGUAUUUUAAUUUGUUUAUGUAAAAUCGAAGAUUUUCUAGAUAAUACGCAAAGAGCACAUUGUAGAUUAGGCGUAAGAUCUUAGAGAGUUGGCAUGAAUCAUGUAAAAAUUAACUUGUAGGUAACAUUUUUUUUCAAAGGGCUUCUUUCGUAAAAUAUGUUGUGAAUUAUCCCCUGAUGCGUUAGCUGCAGAGUCAUAGGGAUAUUUGAUUUACGAUUAUUAUAAUAUAGACGUUUUGAAGAAGAAAACAAAGUAUUCAUUACGAAUACAUUGUGUCUAUGUACACAGUAUUUAUGUAAAUACCAUACAGAAUAUAUAGUAAAAUUAUAAAUUCAGUCUAAUUUUUUUUUAAAUUUAAUUAAUCCUCCAAAUUACCUUUUGUAACGUAUGUUCACAGUUCCAUAAAGUUGUGAAGUUUUAUAUAAAUUGUAGCUUGUGUAUAAAAUUUAUUAUGUAUAUUUAAUAAAUGACUUCUACAUAAAACAUUCUAUCGAUUUAUAUCGUUACUGUAUUUACAAUUACAUGGUAUUAAUCUUUUAUAUCUUGUUAAAAAUAAAAGAACAAUUACCUGUACUUAAAUUCAAGAUAACAUCAAAGUUCUAUGUAAAACAUAUGGUAUUGACACAUGAGAAAUUUAUGUUAAAAUCAAAAUAAUAAAACCUUUUUUCGUUAGCAAAAA